AUGUGCGACGAGAAGAAGUCCGGCGGCGGCGGCAAGUGGCGCCACCCCGUCAGCCUCGUCUUCCGCAUCGCUGGCAUGGGGCUGGCGGUGGCGGCGGCGGCGGUGAUGGCCACGGCGAGCGAGUGCACGGUCUACGGCGACUACUACGGCGUGCGGCGCCCGCGCACGGUGACCUACCGCGACUUCCCGGCCUUCGUGUACCUGGUGGUGGCGGCCUCCAUCGCCGCGGCGCUGGAGGCGGUCGCCAUCUUCCUCGGGGUGUGCAGGAAGGGCAAGGCCAGGAAGGCCGGCGCCGUGCUCGCGCCGCUGCUCGCCGCCGCCGCGCCGGCGCUGCUCUACACGUCCGCCGGCGCGGCGUUCGCCGCCGGCUGGGACAUCUACUACUACAUGGAGCCCAGCGGGCGGCGGCUCAGCGUCUGCGCCAGCAGCGUCGGCGCCCGCUUCUGCGCGCUGGUGCAUGUGUCCAUGUGGCUCUCGCUGAGCGCCGCCGUGGCCGUGUCGCUCGCCGAGUGGGCGGCGGCGGCGCGGGGGUGCGGCGGCGGCUCGGACUCGGACUCGGACUCUGACGACUCCGUCUGCGGGCACGGGUGCCAUUCCAAGCAUUAG